ACGCGCUCCAAGCAGAGGAGUGAGCACAGCUGCUGGAGUAGAGAGUAAAGCGACUCGCACACGCGCGCGCGCACACGCCCACCUUUCAGAAAGUUGUGGCGAGAGAAUGGCGCUGGGGCGCGAUGCUCCGCGCGCUUCUCCAGCGCGCCACAUUUGAGCCCUUCAGCUUCUUCAUCACCUUGAUCAUCAUCAUCAUCCUCAUCUUCGCGGGUCAGUCCGCUCUCUGCGCGCGGCCAGCACCGACCUGGGCCAGCACAUUCACAGCGCGAGCGAGAGAGGGAGAGCGAGAAGGAGCGCGAGGAUCUUUGCUCGCCAUGAUCGCGCGCUCUGCGCUCCGGUGCCUGCUGCUCUGCGCGCUUUUCCCUCUGCGAGCGGCGCGAGACUCACCGAGACAGUGCGGCAAACCCAGCACGCAGAAAGAGAUGAACUCCUUCCUGUGGACGGUGAAGCGUCCACCCCCUCAGCCCCCCUCUUACCUGUUCGGGACCAUCCACGUCCCGUACACUCGAGUGUGGGACUACAUCCCUGAUAGCUCCAAACAGGCCUUCCAGAUCAGCUCCAGCGUCUUCUUCGAGCUGGACCUCACCGACCCUCUGACCAUCUCCAAACUCACCAGCUGCCAGCUGCUGCCGAACGGCGAGAGCCUGCAGAGUCUGCUACCGCGAGACCUUUACCGGCGGCUAAAGCGCCACCUGGAGUACGUUAAGCACAUGAUGCCGUUCUGGAUGACGGCGGACCAGCGAGGCCGCGGCCUGUACGCUGAUUACCUCUUCAACGCCAUCGCUGGGAACUGGGAGCGGAAACGGCCUGUGUGGGUGAUGCUGAUGGUCAAUUCACUAACAGAGUCCGACAUCCGGACGCGGGGAACGCCCGUACUGGACCUGUUCCUCGCGCAGGAGGCCGAGCGUCUGGGGAAGCAGACCGGAGCCGUGGAGAAUGUGGAGGAGCAGUGCCACCCCCUCAAUGGACUCAACUUCUCCCAGGUGCUCUUUGCUCUGAAUCAGACGCUGCGGCAGCAUGAAGGAGUGCGAGAGGGCAGCAUGCAGGGCCAGAGUCCAUUCAGCACUGAGGACCUGAUCACUCACUACAACUGUGGAGACCUGAGCUCCAUCAUCUUCAACCACGACACCUCACAGCUCCCUCAUUUCAUCAACAGUUCCCUGCUGGAUCAUGAGCGCUCCACGGCACAGCAGAUUGACAGUUAUCUCCGGCAGGAGUUGAUCUAUAAGCGGAAUGAGCGAAUGGCCCGCCGUGUCUCCGCCCUGCUGCAGACCAGCCCGUCCCAGAGCUUCUUCUUCGCCUUUGGUGCAGGUCACUUUCUGGGUAACCACAGUGUGCUGGACAUCCUGCGACAGGAGGGUUACGAGGUGGAACACACACCAGCCCAUGAGUCUGUUACACAGAGCUGGGCUGAGGUGGAGGGUACCACUUUGAUGCCAAGUGGGGGGAGUCCAGAGCCAGUGACACAGUGGAUGUCAGAAGCUCCGGAGCUGGAGGAGGACCCGCCUCACCUGCUGCUGCCAGACAGCCUGAGCCAGCUGGAGGAGUUUGGCAGACACAAACGCCCCCGCAAGGCCCACCGACAGCACAGUAGGCAGCGGCUCUUCAGCGACCUGUGGGUGCGCAUUGGAGACAGCUCGACUCCACUUCCAAAUAUACGGAUAACCAACGGCUAUGUGACGGUGGAGCCUCCUCUAACACGGCAGGAACAGAAGAGAAGGACGUCUCUCACUGGCCGAGAGGACACUCUGCUCCCUGCUUUGGCUUCACCCAGUCCUAGGAGCGUGCUACCUGCCCUACUCACCUGCCUCCUCUCACAGCUGCUGCUCUUCACCUCCUAACCACAAGGGGGAGCCAAUAACACACGCAGACAAACCUCACGUCCAGGCCUCACUGAGUAAGCAGACACAAAAGCUGGCUAUGCUGUCAGAAAUGGGCUCUGUAAAGCUGAAGAAGGUCUAACAGAGUCUUUAGGCUCAGUUUUGGUGAAGAGCUUCAACAUAAGAACAUGAAAAAGUUAAGAAGUGAGUACAGAAGCCUGAGUAUUUCAGUAAAACUCCUACUACUGCAAUUAAUUAAUGACUCACGUAGACUUGUACUAUCUUGAGUAAAAGUAUCACCUCCAGUACUGAGUUCUCAAUAGAACUACAGUAGAACGUCCAACAUAUACCAGCAUAGAAACUGAAGUUUGUUAGAUUCUAUUCUUCUCUUUAGUUUAAUCCUUUUGGCCUAAAAUGGAGAAUGAAGAGAUCUGAACAACAGUAAAGCAGUCCAGGAGCUGAAUCAACAGAAUCAAAUUACACACAAAAAAGGAAAAAAAGUAAAAGAAAUAUAAUUUUAAUGUUAACAAAGUGGAAAUUCAUCCAAAUGUAGCAUAAAGAGGCCUAAAUCAGCAUUUAGCAUGUCAUUUGUCUUGUUAUCUAAUAUUCAGGAGUGCAGCAUUGCACCCCUCGGCCUAACUGGUUUGACAGAACUCAUGUUUUUUGUGUUUUCGUCCUUCAAUUUCAAUCCAGUAGAUGUUACACCCAGCAUGCAAUUAGUCCUCAAACUUGUUUUUCCUUGUUAAAGAAUUAAUUAGCAGCAGCCUAAAGCGCUUACAGUCUUUCAAAAUUACUUUCACCUUCAAGAUACGUCAUCAGAGGGCAGAUUUUGUAGUUUUAACCUGGGAAAUCUUGCUCUGGUGACUAGUGCGGCACCAAAUAGGCAUGUUUACAACAGAAGUUGCGAUGGUGAAAUGUUUUAUUUUGGCCAGAAUGUCCUCUUGAGUCUAUGUCCCUUCAAGCACAUAUCAGUAGUAGCCUACUCAAACUACAACAUGAAGUCUAUGCUGGUCUAAGCUGGUCUCUGCAGGUCUUGUGCUGGUCUGAUGCUGGUCUUAGCUGAGCCAGUAAGUCCAGACAGGACAAUGUUUGCCUUUGCUAAAAUACCAUUUUCCCUGGCCUGAUGUUGGUUUAGCUGGGCACCCAGCAUGGCCACGCUGGUUGACCGGCAUACCGACACCCAAAACACCACAUAUGCCGGUUUUGCUGGUCUGUCUUGGUUUUUCUAGCAGGAUAUUUACUCUCCACUUCUGACUGUAAUGUCUCAUGUUGAAAUGAAGUCAUAUUUUUAAGGACAGCCCCAGACUGCAGCCCAUUAUGUCAUCAAACCAGACUCUUAGUGAACAUUAUAAACCUUGUACCACCUCCUAUGAGUGAAAAAAUGUUAAGCAGCAAAUACACCAGCUUAUCAAUUAUGUAACACAAAAAAAAUGUAUAUGAAAAUGCUUGACAUCUACAAUACCUUGAAAGGAAACCACACCUUACAUGAGAAAUAGAGACAUAAUAAUAAUAAUAAUAAUAAUAAUAAUAAUAAUAAUGUGAUUAUUGUUACUGAUAUA